CUCCAGCCACGGCUCCCACCGAUCCCGCGCCCAGAUUCAUAAUUCGUCAGCCGCUGCUCUCUCUCCACUUCCUUGUUUCUUCGGUUGUCGUUCUCAGUUUCUUCUUAAAAUAUCAAAUUCAGCAGUUGAUUUCGGAUUUGUUGCAUCAGAUAUCCUCCUCAUAUAUCCGCUGCUCAACGUCACUGCUAUUCUGAAGCUUCGUUUGCUUAUCGGAUCUAUUGCAAAUUAUGCUUUGAGGGGAUGAAGAAAGUCCCAUAUGUGGAUACUGAGAAGCCUGAACAAACUAGCUUCAAGGUUGUAUUUGACAAGUUGAUGAAGGAACUUCGGGAACCUGUAGACUUUGAACUCCCAGAUUGGUUUAAUAAGUGGAAGCCAAUGUCCUACACCUCUAUAAAACGCAAUAUAUAUCGCACAAAGAAGGUUAGGAAACGACUUGAUGAUGAUGAUGGCAUUUUCUGUUCCUGUACUCCCUCCGCUGGCUCUUCUAGUGUAUGUGGUAAAGACUGCCUCUGCGGGAUGCUGUUUUCUACUUGCUCUUCAGGCUGUAAAUGUGGGAGCUCCUGCCUGAACAAACCAUUCCAGAAUCGACCUCUGAAGAAGAUGAAACUGGUCGAGACAGAGAAAUGUGGUUCGGGAAUUGUGGCGGAUGAGGAUAUUGAACAAGGGGAGUUUGUGAUAGAAUAUGUAGGAGAAGGUGAUCAACGAUCCAUAAUUAUUUUCAUAUUUGCAAGUAAAUAUUUGCUUUGGAAUAUGAAACAUCGAGGGGAGACAAACUUCUACUUAUGUGAAAUCAAUCGAGAUAUGGUGAUUGAUGCAACAUUCAAGGGAAACAAAUCAAGAUAUAUCAACCAUAGUUGCUGCCCCAACACUGAGAUGCAGAAAUGGAUAAUUGAUGGUGAAACAAGAAUUGGCAUAUUCGCAACUCGUGACAUUAAAAAGGGGGAACACCUGACAUAUGAUUACCACAGGUUUGUUCAGUUUGGUGCAGAUCAGGAUUGUCAUUGUGGUGCUGUUACAUGCAGGCGUAAGCUGGGUGUUCGACCACCCAAGCCCAAAACGGCUUCUGAUGCUGCAUUAAAAUUAGUUGCAUAUCAGGUUUAUCAAAAUGGAGGCUUGCGUGCAGGAAGUUCUCACGUUAUUGGCCAACAGAAGUGUUCUCACAAUUGCAUUGGUCAAGUUGUUAGGAUAAAUGAGAGGUUUGGGAUUAUUAGGCGGUUUGAUAAAUAUUCAAAAAAGCACUUGAUCAUGUUUGAGGAUGGCACUGCUGGUUUUCAUGACAUGUCAGAAGAAGACUGGGAGCUUGUGAGACUGUGAGGUGGAGAGGUCAAAAUUGUGGUCAUCUUUUUUAUUGCAUGUGGAUAGUUCUUUUGGAGGCUCUGGUUAACAUAAUAUGAAGCAGAACAGACCAUUAUAACCCAGCUGAUUACAGUGGGUUUUGGUAGGUGGCCACUGGUAAGCUUGUUCUUGAAGCUAAUCCCCCUGUCAAGUUACACCCAACCUGGCUACUUACUCUGGCUUCCUUCCGAUACUAAGUAGCUGCGUAGUUGUUAUGGGAUGUGCCGUUAUGUUGUAUAAUCAUGACUUCGGUUAUGUGAAGGCGAGAGACUAGCUAGGUAAAAGACGAUAUCAUAUGGUAAAUUCUGGUAAUUUGUUGACUCUGCACGCCUGCUUGUGUCUCUGUUCUUGAUGGCCGCCUCCUCAAUUUUGGAGCUCAAAACCACUCUUUGACCAAUGCAAAUAUUAGAAUGCAGCACCCCCAACUCCUUUUCUUGCUCUCUAGAAUGGAUGGUUUCUUUUUCAUAUCCCCCAUUAAUGCAGUUGAGCUUUCAAAAA